AUGUGCUUGAUCCAGGAAGAGCAUAAAAUCCAGGCUGGCAUUCUUUUUUCUGAUUUGAGUCUGUUGUUAAAGGACACUCAUAACCUCCAGGACAUUAAAUACAGCUAGUUUAUUUUCCAUCAGAAUAUGUUCCAGCUGAGCAAGCUUAAGGUAGUGAUAUUUUAGUGGGACAUGAAAAUCCUUUUGGACAAUCAUUGCAAGAAGUUGACCCUGAAGUUGAGUAUUGACCAUCAUCACAUGAGAUCGGUGAUGCAUCCUUAGUUGGGCACUUUGAACCUGCUGGACAAAGAGUGCAAUCGCUAUAAUCGUUAGAAAUUCAAUAUAAUUACAUCACUCCUCCAAGAGAGUAAUAGCCGAUUGGGCAACUUAUUGGUUCAUUUGAGGCUGUGUGGCAUUACAUACCUGCAGGACAUGAAGAGCACGCAGUUUAUUUUCCAAGAGAGUAGAACCCAGUUGGACAUUUUUGUUUUAAUACGGUAGAACAGUAAUAGCCACUGGGGCAAGGUUCACAAUUGCUAGACAAUCUUAAGAUAUAAUUUUUACCUAGCUCCUGAUGAAGAGUAGUAUCCAGAAUUGCAUUCAACUUGA